UGCUUAUUGAUGUCAAAGCGAUGCUACGUACAUUCUUCUGACUAUUGUUUUAACUUGAGAAAUGUGCGAACAGAAUCGCCGUCUGUCAUUUAAUAAUCAUAUUUAUGUUAAAUGUGUAUAAAUGUAAACUAUCUGUGCAUGGAUCCAAUACUGCCUAAUGGCGAUAGCUAACUACUGUACUGUUAUGUUACAAUGUUUUCUGCAAGUUUUGAGCGGACAUAUCAAUAGAGUUCUAUUUUCUAGGAUCCAUUUUCAUACGAAUUCCUAGAAUACAGAGAUACUAGGUCAUGGCAACUCGAUGGGGAAUUUGCGGCACUGGCCUCAUUUGCAACGAUUUCUGUGCAGCACUAAGCAGUUGCCCUUCCAGUGAACAUCAGAUUGUGGCCGUUGCAGCCAGAGAAUUAGAGCGAGCGAGGAAGUUUGCUGCGACAUAUGGGAUUCCAACAGCGUAUGGGUCAUACCAAGAACUGGUGCAGGAUCCCAAUGUUGACAUCGUGUACAUUGGGACAAUACACAAGACGCACAAAAGCAUUAGCCUACUCUGCCUGAACUCUGGUAAGCCGGUGUUGUGUGAGAAACCAAUGUGUCUGACCAUUGAUGACGUCAAAGAGGUCCACAGAGUCGCCAAGGAGAAAAAUCUCUUCUUUAUGGAGGGCAUAUGGUCCAGAUGCUUCCCUAUAUAUGACGAAAUCAGAAAGGAACUCGACAGUGGAACCUUGGGUCAGCCCUUUUUGGUGAUAUCGACUAUGACGAUGCCCAUGCUAGACGUAGGUAAGACAAGUGAAGGCGGAGGAUGCAUGAUGUCAAUUGGCUGCUACGUCAUCCAGGCUGCCAAUCUCGUCUUCAAAGGCAUGCCCGAGAAAAUCACUGUUGAAGGGACAUUGGCAGAAGACGGUGCCGACCUCGGCGCGUGCAUUAUACUACGAUACAGUGGCAACCGGAUGGCCAGCCUAAUUUACUAUUCUCAAGCCAUGGCAGAAAUUACUGAGAAGUCAUUUUCUGAACGUUUCAAGAAUCUACAGUCCAAUACAUUCACUAUCAUUGGUACAAAAGGAGAAAUUAAGGUUGAUGCACCUUUCUUGUGCCCAACGAAGAUGUCUGGCCCAUCAGGGAACAAGGAGUUCCCUUUACCGAAAACCAAACACCCUGUGAUUCUGCCCAAUAGUGAAGGACUGUGUUACGAAGCAGACUGUGUGAGACAGUGUCUUAAAGAAGGUUUAAAAGAGUGUCCGAAGAUGACGCAUGCAGACAGUGAAAUUAUUAAUUCAAUCAUGGCGGAAAUGUGUAAGCAACUCGGGCUCGACUACAGUGGAGUGUCAACAACAGCCACGACUAAAAACAUAUUCAUAUAUUAGGCGUUUUCAUUAUAUGCUUGCCACUGUAAAAACACAAAUGUGACUAAAAAAUACCCCAAAGUGAUUCACACCACAUAAGAGAGAUUUUCUUUUUUAAAUAUUAAAUAUGUAUGUUAUACAACUGCUGUAAUAACAAUCGUGGCUUAGUCUAUAUACCUUCUUUUUAUUUGUAUUUAACCCAUAAUGCUUACUUAUAUGUUUGUUUAUUUAUCUCAGAAAAUUAGCUUCAAUUAUACUUAGUGGUUUAAAUGAUAGUUGGCUUGCCAUGACCAAAAUUAACAAUUUGAAUACAUAAGGCCCAAAACACACCAGAUCUGGGUCUGGGUCUGGGUCUGGGUCUAGGUCUGGCGAAAACGAAACGCACGUACAAUACAUUAUUUUAUAAGGCUCUAUACAUUUGAAUUUAAUUGUAUAACCAUGUGAUCAAUAAAACUAAUAACGAUCAAAACGUUUCUAUUUAGUUUUAAAUCGAUUUUUAAAGAUAUGUGAACACUAAAACUAAUCAAAAUGCAUUUUGUUUGCAAACCAAUAAUCACGAAUAAACUGACUUCUGAAAUAGAAAA